AUGCUCUCCUCUCGUCCUGAUAUUUGUGCGGCCGUUAACUUGCUUAGCCGUUUCCAAAGUGGUGCUACUGACGAACACUGGAACCAUUUGAAACGUGUUCUUCGUUAUCUGCAAGGAACCAUCGAGUAUGAUCUGGUUUACAAGCGCAAUAGUAAUGCUGAACCGCUGAUUGGUUUUGCAGACGCAGAUUGGGGAAGCGACCUAGAUGAUCGGAAAUCCACUUCGGGAAGCGUAUUUCAAGUGUUUGGUAACACUGUGCUGUGGACAAGUCGAAAGCAACCAACAGUGUCCUUGUCAUCCACAGAAGCCGAAUACAUAUCGCUUAGUCAAGCCGCUUGCGAUGCAAUAUGGCUUCGGAAUAUUCUGGCAGAAUUCGGGAUCAAGAAUAUCGCCCCAAUCACGGUACACGAGGACAACCAGUCUUGUAUACAUAUUGCAACAGAACCACGGGACCAGAAAAGAAUGAAGCACCUGGACAUUCGAUACAACUUCAUUCGCGAAUGUAUCCAGAACGAAGACCUCAAGGUGGUGUACAUUCCUACACAGAAGCAGUUGGCAGAUACAUUCACCAAAUGUCUACCAGCAGGACCGUUCAAGGAACAUCGAGCUACGUUGGGUCUGAGAGGGGGUGUUGUGAAACAGACCUCUCCGUGUUAUUAA